UUGACUCCUCCAUCCUCAAUCCCAGAUACGCUUAUCUACUGAGUAAAUGCCUAAACGACGGCAUGAAGAUUUAUCAGCGACAUUUCCUCCGUUGAAACGCGGACACUUCAUUAGCAUAAUCUCUUGUCUUUCAGAUGAAUUACUACUCCAUAUACUGUCCUUUCUUCCCAUAAAUUCCUUGAUAGUCUGUCAACAGUUGUCAUGUCGAUUCAAGGCGCUUGCAGAAGACUCGGAAAUAUGGAAGCGACAUUACUAUAACCGUUGGAUUCGACCCCGAUUAGCCAACAUGAGGCGCACCAUGCUGUCCCGGCCGGAGGUUCAUUACUCUCCCAAAGUGUCGACAUGGCUGGAUAAUGGCCACUUGGCAAACGAUGGCAGGACUUUAAAUUGGAAGGACCAAUACCGUCUCAGGCACAACUGGUCUAGAGGGAUAUGCCGUGUCACCACAGUCGAGUUGUCUCAGCCUUCGGCUCGACCAGCGUUGGUUGCAUUUUGUGCUGGCAUCAUUUUUACUUUCGAUUGGGACUGCCGCCUGCGAGCUCGGUCUAUUAUGAAUUCCGCAUGCUACCUGUCAGAGAUUUCUUUGCCAGAAAACCGAUUGCAUUCAGCCUUGCCGACAACGCUGACCGCAAUGAAGGGUCCUCUUCCGAACCGGAUUGAAGUUGCCGUCGGAUUCGAAGACGGCUAUUUCGUGUCAUACGACUUCGACAUGGUUUCAUCGCCGCUGGAAUUCCGCACCUCUUGCGCUGGAUCUACGAGUGCCGGCAUCACUGCGAUGGCCUCCUGUUACCCCUACAUCCUUCUGACAUCGGACCAGAAACUCCUGUCACUUUUCAACAUCAUUAAAGGUUGCGAUGCUCGCGGCCAUUUACUGCCCGGAAAACCAGUCCUGCUUUCAUGUCUGGAGGCAGACAGCACCUUCAAACCAAUGUCGAUAUCGGUUCGUUCCGCAGGCUCGGAUAUUAUAUCCUCCAUUGUGUACAGCUUCUACCAUGUUGGCUGCGGUUGGUCUCUGGGAAUUCAAGAAUUACAUUUCAGCUCAACCGACUCGCGGCAGAAAGACUCGCGGCUCACAACAACCGUGGAUUCGCAGUAUGGAUUAUCACCGCCACUGGGUCAUGGCUACCCAAGCAAGGGCAAUGCAUGGCGUGAGACCAAUAGCAAAACCGGAUCAUGCACAAGGCCAGCUGAGCCCUCCAUAUACCAUCGGGAAGCCCCGACCUCUGUGUCUUAUUCACAUCCUUAUUUGAUUACGUCCCACACGGACAAUACCUUGACUGUGUAUCUUGUUGUGUCCUCGUCCGCGGGGCUGUACAUUAAAGGUGCACAGCGACUAUGGGGCCAUACUUCCUCAGUAUCAGCCGUGCAAGUGAGUGACCGUGGUAAGGCGAUAUCGGUAAGCUCCAGGGGAGAUGAGGUAAGGGUGUGGGACCUCGAAGACCUAGUCUCAGCCUUCGGGAAACAACGAGUGCGAAGACAUGGAAUGAGUAUUCGAGUUAGUCCUGGAAAUAGGCAAAGUGACAAUGAUAAGCCCAGGCCGAAUUUUCCAGAGAGCAAUGGUUUGUCAAAAUCGAUUGAGGUCCAGCGCCACGUGCCCGAUAUAAGUGGUUGUAUCGGAUUUGACGCUCAGUGUGUCCUUCUACUGCGUGGCAAGGAGCACGACGGACAGAUGCUGGAAUGUUAUGAUUUCACAUGAAUAACAAGAUCUCUUAAUAUAACUGGUCCCGCUCACAGUGGGCUGGUCAUUGCCUCUGUUACGGAAACUCUUGCUCCAAUGCACAUGCUUACCGCAGGUUUCACUUGUAGGUGAUGGAUUCAGUGCUCACUCACAUGCUAGAAUGGUAAAAGGGUUGGUUAGCAGAGGACCUUGGGAGGGAGAGCUAUGCCAGGAGUAUUUAUAGAAGACUACCACAACAACCCGGUUCCAGCUCACUCAUCAUCUUUAUCAAUUUUUCCAGUAAUUGUUUGGAAGAGCGAGGCUACGAUUGACAGCCUCAUGGCUAAGAAUACCUAACACACUCUCCUCUAGUGAGGAUGGUGAGUCCCUCUCAAUACUGCUAUUCGAU